GAAAUCAGCUGAUUAUUAUUCCCGUCAAGAGCACUUUCAUAUUUGGGCACAUCUGGCAGAGUCUUUGAAUAGCCUCCGUGACCAGGCAGCUGUGUCAGAUUUUUCAUCUCAUGACAAGACACAAGCUACAUUUCAUCCAGAGGAAGAGUUCACUUUUAGUACCAAAAAUAUUGAAAAAGAAGUUACAAAUGUCCUGAAAAAACCCACUCCAUCUGAUAAAUUAUACCCUGCCUUUCAGGAUAUUAUAAAUCAAGCUGUUCUAGAAGUACAAAAUGCAACAAAUGAAGAUGGAUCUCCUUCAUUUAACAGUUCUGAAGAUUCUAGGUGUCUUGGCAAAUCCCAGCAACAUCGCAAAUCUUUGGAUAUAACUUCUGUUCCUAGAAAAGCGGCUUUACGUACAAAUAAGUAUGCAUCAACUCAGACAGACUCUGAACAGGUUGAGGAGACAGUUUCUAAUUCUAUAACACAAGAGGAGGCAGCAGAGGAAGCACCACGCCCAUCAAGAAAGAGCCGGGCACGCUUAUCUCAGAAACCCAAGCUAAAGCCACCCAUUGAGGCACCUCCACCCAAACCAAAAUACGUGCUACCUCCACUCCCAAAAACCAAGCCAAAGCCACCGGUUGAGGCACCUGCACCUGUACCCAAACCAAAGUAUGUGCCACCUCCACUCCCUAAGAGCAAGCCAAAGCCACCAAUUGAGGCUCCUACACCUGUGUCCAAACCAAAAUAUGUGCCACCGCCACUCCCUAAAACCAAGCCUAGGCUACCACCUGAGAAACUUCCACCCAAACCAAAAUACAUGCCACCUCCACUUCCAAAGCCUAAGCAGAAGAAGCCAGAAAAAGUAAAAGAGGAAUAUCCACAGGAUCAGCCCUUUGCCUCACAUUUGCAAAGAAGCGUAAUUGAAACUGCUGCCAAACAUGUCCUUUGCAAGUAUAAUUAUGAAAAGUCACUUUCAGAGAAACUUGGAUUUAUAUCAGUUCCUGUAACAAAGGUUCUCCUUGAAAUAAUGUUUGGCUUUAAAAACGUAAAAGGCAGCAACAUAAAAAUAUCAUCACAGAUUAACUGGGCAGAAGUUUAUCAACAAAUACAGACAAAAUGUUCCUCUAAAUCCCAAAAGCCCAGGGCAAAAAGAAGUGACAAAAAGAGCCCUCCAAAACCAGCAAUGAUGAGGGGCAAGGCAGAAUUCAGUAGGAAAACUCCUAAGAAAAAUAUCACUAGUCUGCCAGACAUAAUUGAGUUAGUACCUUUACAUUUCCCUGAAGAUCUACCACAAUCUGGAGAAGACUCUCAACAGCAGGAUUCUGUUGAACUUUUCAGAGAAAUAUCAUCUUCUGCAAAGUCCAGCAUUGUACUUGACAGUCAUAGAAAAUUAUCUGUUGCUUUAUUCAGCACUGAAGACCCAAGUUCUGUAGAAGUUGUGAAGCAAUCCUCACUUUCUCAACGAGUGAGCAUCACCAGUGGGAGCGUUAGAAAGUCCUCAACUGUUUUACUGCACACGGAAGAGAAUUCUGUAGAGCACCUAGAGCAAGCCCCGUCCUCCCAGAGGACAAGCACGGUGGUAGGGAGCAGCAGAAGGUCCUCGGCUGUUUUACUGGGCACCGAAAGCCAGAAUUGUGUAGAGCUACUAAGGCAAUUUUCUUCUUCUCCAAGGACAAGCAUUGCCAGUAGGAGCGCCAGCAAGUCCUCAGUUGUCCCACUGGACACCGAAGGUAAUUCUGUGGAGUCUCUAAGGCAGCCUUCCCUUUCUGAAAGGGCUAUCACUGGAGAGAGCAGUCCAAAAUCUUCUGCCAGUCUUCCCAAAAUUUGAAAUUUAUCCGCUUAAAAUAAAUAGAUUUAUAGUUUUG